AUGCUCUAUCACAGGCUGAGAGACGUGGAAACUCUUGUUCUAUUGGUAGUAAAGGAUCAAGAGGGAUUUGUAAAUGAGCUCUAUUUAUAUAGUGUCAUCUGGAACCGAUUUUCGUGUUAAUCAUAACUAUAACAAAAUUCUCAAAUCUGAUUGCCUAUCAACUGACGGUGUAAUAGAACAGUACUGCCUAAGUAAUUGGACAGUACGCACCAUCGCGGGCGCCCUUAAAUAGCUUUGUUUUCACUGCUAGCAGACAACUCUAGGAAUUUCUUUGUGUUCUAAUUUACUUGUGAUUAAACAAAUCGGACUACGACGUUAAUCACUCGUGUGAUUGCAGAACGAAUUGGACUCCAUUUAGUCCUAUGACCUUUAUUGAUUAAUGUACAUUAGCAUUUAGGAGUUUUUUUUUUUCAUCACUCUUUCCUAAUUUCCAAUACUUUUUCUUUUUGUUGGUCUUUUAGUACACUUUGUUUGAUGAAAAACCUUGCAUUAUAUGUCAUCAUUGGAAUAUGCCGGUCGAAAUGUCUUCCUCAAGCUAUAAUUAUACUAGCGGAGAAAUGUUUCCGGAUUUAUUGCAUUUAUCUAUGGGGUAUUCGGACUUUUAGGCGCUUACACAAACACAGCCAAUUGGAAAAAAUUAACUCGCACUGUUCACUUUAGUUUACGGAUUCAUAUUUUUGGGCACGCGACCAAACUCGGGUGUUUGUAUCUCGGGUUCAGGCAGUCCAACUAGCAUAUACCUAGCUUCAAGCCUUAUGCAUGUAUCCCUGACCUAUUUGACGAAAUCGCUCUCAUGUUUCGCCUUCUUCGAACGAUUUCUGUCUCCUGCACAACAUUUACAUCAUAGGUAACUUUCCACAAAAGUGAACAGAUCGCAAGAGAUACAGAUAGUGGGUCCCUCCACCACAAACGUACACGGUUAAUUUAGGGCGUCUAUAUUUCCAGUAUCAUACAUUUUGAAAGUGAAAUCCAGUUCUUUUUGUUGACAUUUGUUUAUUAGGUGUUUGGUGUAUUUUCUCCAAUUUCUCCUCGGAUGGACGUUAGUUUCUGUAGGUUUGGAAAAUCAUAUUUCUUCACCUGUAGACCACAGUUCAAGGUAAGCUUAGCGAUAACACCGAAAACUAUAUAUAUUGUCCAGUGUUUCAUCUCAGUGGUGGACGACCAGCCCUUUCUACCAGUGUUUUUUCUUCACCUACACACGAGACCAUUUAGAAGUUUUUCAGUUUAUCCAAGCAGUGUACAGGACGCUUGUCAAUGAAUCUACUGACCGACUUAGCUCUCAACCGACUUUUCCCAUAAAGUAAAUUGGUGGUAUGGUCUUUGAGGGCUCAGAAGUUUUCCUUGUCCCAAUUGCUAUUUUUCUCCUGCACCACGUAGUGUGAUUCUUUAAAAACGCGAGAUAGAUAUUAACCUCUUGUGAAGGAAUCCAAGACAGUCUCGGAUUCUGGAUUCUGGAUUCCGGAUUCUUUGUCAAUGGAACUUGGAUUCCGGAUUCCAAUGGUCAGAGCGAUUCCGGUUUCCUUGAGCUGUAAUUUCGGAUUCCAAAACCCAGGAUUCCAGAUUCCACCAAAUAAAACUCCCGAAUUCCGGAUUUCAGAAGCAAACAUUCCUUGGAUUCUGGAAUCCGGAUUCCCUUACCUGGUUGAAAAGUUAUGUUCAUUAUCGGGGCCCACGUAGUCUUACCCUGGGUUCCAGAGGAUAUUUUUUUCUUAUCGAUAUAAAUGUUUCGCGGCGAAGCCGCUUCAACAAGGCGCGAAGUGCCAAGAGACGUCGACGAGCGCCGAAAGAAACAAAAGUCCGUCUCGGGAGCCUUAACAAACCGUAAGCACGGUUUAUUUCAUCGUACACUGUAAUUUUUAGGGAGUUAUUAUAACUCCAAAAAUGGAGUAAAAAUUUUAGGUACAGGAUAACCCCUUUUUUGGGGUUAUUUUAACUCCUAAUUUAACUCCGAAUUUGGGGUCAUUUUUACUCCUGAAAAAGAGUUCUUUUUACUCCCAGUCUUGGAGUUAAAAUUACUCCGAAAUGGGGUUACUUGUACUCCUUACAGGGGUUGUUUUUACUCUUUUUGGAGUUAAUUUAACUCUGAAAGUGGAGUAAAAAUUUUAGGUACAGGAUAACUCCUUUUUUGGGGUUAUUUUAACUCCUCAAUAUCUGGGGUCACUUUUACUCCUGAAAAAGAGUUCUUUAAACUCCUUUUUGGAGUUAAAAUAACUCCACGAAAAAUAACUCCACUGUAAGGAGUUAAAUUAGCCCCACUAGAGGAGUUAUUAUAACUCCCUGAAAAUUACAGUGUAUAGUUUUCAGUAAGUCUCUAAUUGCCCCCAAUACAACAAAAACAAUGCAAAUCAGUAUUUUAUUUCAUCUGAAAAAUACUGUACAGUAAAACAUGCACGUGUCACUCAUUAUUAUGUCAGGAUAGUGACACAGAGGAGAGGCACAGAUAAGCACCAGAAUUCUUCAGGCUAAGAUUUUGAAAGAACCAGAUGAAGUAGAAAUAAUAAAACAGAUCGCUGUGGAGUUCUUAAAGUGCACUAAUCAUUCUAAUGGCAAAAAAAGUUUCUAUUGGCUUAAAUUGCAGUCAUUUAGACAAAACCACCAACAUUCUUCCAAAAAGUCUUUUUUCCUUAAGAAAAUAAGAACCUCGAAUGUUUGAGAACCUAAACAGCUUAAUUUCCAAGAAACAGAAAAUUUAUAAGAGCCUUUUGAGGCUAACUUCGAAAAGCACCUAUUACUUAGUCCUUACUGUAUACUACUAAAUGUAAGAGCAGGGGGGUGGGGAGGGGGAGGAAGAGUUAGGGUUAGGGUUAAGGUUAAGGUUGGGGUUAGGGUUAGGUUAGGGUAAGGACUAGGGAUAGGUUAGGGUUAGAAAUCAGAUUAGGGUUAGGGUUAGGGUUAGGAAUAGGUUAGGGUUAGGGUUAGGAAUAGGUUAGGGUUAGGAAUAGGUUAGGGUUAGGUUGGAGGGUUAGGUUUAGACGAGCAGUCUCAACUGAUUUCAAUGGUCAUAACAAAUGAGUUGAUCCACUGAGUUAAACGUUCGCCUUUUCAGGAAAAGGGUGUUACGUUAAGCUGGUUAGGGUGGAUAGCUAAAGUUCAGCCAAGGCUUGGGAAUAAAUAAGGAUAAAGGUUACAAACAAGAAGUACGGUUUGUUGAAUGAGGGUUAACGUUUGAGGGACUUCUGGGCUGGAUACCAAAUAACGUUGCGUUACAUAUCAAUUACAUCGCCGUACUAAGCGUAGGAUUGAAUUUCAAAAGACGGGUCAGGAGGUGAGAACUACAGAGAUGUAGUUUCAAUACAGGCGAUUUUCGAAGACUAAACACUGGUCAAGCAAAUAGUUUUAAAUUAACGUUGUCUUACAAGACGUUUCGCUUCGCUUUCUUCGUGUUUGACCACAGCAGAGCACAGAUAAUAUAAACAUUUCAGAGAGUAAAUAUUCCAGCUCCGAGGUGGCGAGUAAAACCAACGGCCACAUCUGAAAGAAAAGGACAAAAGGAAAACCUUGUUUAAAGAAAAUUCCUCAACACGUGUUUAAAAAGUAAUAUAUCUCUUCUACAUCAUUUUCCCUAGAUCAGUUUCAUCCCGCAAUGGUUUUAUAAUCGCCCGUACCGGCGCAUAAAGCAGAUUAAAAACAUUGUACCGAACAUUCCGGACAAUCAAUCAUAAAUUGCGCUCGUCGUCGCGACGGUGCUAUAGCGCGGGAACUUUAACAUGCUUUGAGGAAAAAUAGUUACUCUUCCGCGAUCCGAUCAGCAUUUAGCUAGCUCUCAAUGCCAACAAUAAAUUGAAAAUGAACGACAAUUCAGCCUGUGCAGUAGGACGGCGGCUCUCUUUGGACACAGUAAAUUUCCAGAGUCGCUCGACACAUGACCAAAAAUCAACCUUCGCUAUACGAAACCACAGACUUUGAUUUGAACUACACUUUCACGACUUUGUAACAUAACCUUUCCUGGCAAAAAGCCUGCUACUCACCGUUGUUGCUCGCUUAUUCAAAGAUCAGCACCUCCGUCGUAGAAACUGAAACACAACAACAGAACAGUCUCACUGUAAUAGUCAAAUAUUAAACAUGUUUUUAACCUUUCUCGCAGUGCAUUCUGGGAAAUCCGUGUUCAACUCGUGCGGGACACAUUACAUCCUGGCAAUAACAACACAAUUUAUAAGUCUCCAGCAAGGCAAAAAUCACAGCCAAAAACUUCGUUGGCCCUCUUUUCUUAUGUCCAAACUAACCAAUUUGCCCCUUAUUGCCUGCUGGAGACUUCUUCACGGUGUGCAGAGCUGGGCAGAGACGUUAUACACCAUCCACCGGAUGGUCUCUCGGAUUGUGCCUGAAGCUCGGUUCUUUGAGCAACGAGCGCCCAUUUAAGCCUUCCCGGACUUAAUGAUGUCCCAGGCACUUUGCAAACCGUGGAAAUAGAAUUUCUUGCCAAACUCGGCUCAUAUUAGUCCCCGUUUCGCACACGCUCCGAUCAAAACCUCUCCACUCACCAAGAGAGCCGUUGAAAGGAGAAAGAUACCGCGCAAACUCGAACCUUUCAAAACUAGAACCGGUUCCCCUCGGACAAAAAAAAAACCGGAAGUCCUUUCUAACGCGAGUGAAAAGAAAACAAGAAAUAAAAUAAAUAAUAAACUUACUUCUGUUGACUUCCACGCUGCUCCUCCCUGGUUUUCUUUAAUGAAAAAUAUCUAUGAUAAAAAAUGACAUUUCAUAAAAUUAAUUUACAUAUAUAAUAUAUCACUGUAAUUUUUGGGGAGUUAUUAUAACUCCAAAAAUGGAGUAAAAAUUUUAGGUACAGGAUAACCCCUUUUUUGGGGUUAUUUUAACUCCUAAUUUAACUCCGAAUUUGGGGUCAUUUUUACUCCUGAAAAAGAGUUCUUUUUACUCCCAGUCUUGGAGUUAAAAUUACUCCGAAAUGGGGUUACUUGUACUCCUUACAGGGGUUGUUUUUACUCUUUUUGGAGUUAAUUUAACUCUGAAAGUGGAGUAAAAAUUUUAGGUACAGGAUAACUCCUUUUUUGGGGUUAUUUUAACUCCUCAAUAUCUGAGGUCACUUUUACUCCUGAAAAAGAGUUCUUUAAACUCCUUUUUGGAGUUAAAAUAACUCCACGAAAAAUAACUCCACUGUAAGGAGUUAAAUUAGCCCCACUAGAGGAGUUAUUAUAACUCCCUGAAAAUUACAGUGUAGGUAUUUUAAGAACAGGCUUCUGGAGCCAGGGUGACGUAGCCUCACAAUAUCACAUGUAAUUAUAGAUACAGGUAUCUACAUUUGCUUGGCUCUUUUUGUAGAUUUAUCCAUGCCGUGGAAGAAAUUCUUACUACAUGACGGGAGAUGCAAAUGGCCUUGCCUUCGGAAGCAGUGAGUAAGUAUUUUUCUUUUCGGUGUUUUUAUUAAUGACACUCUUCCUUUCCGAGUGUUGACGAACAAUACAUAUACUAUACUAUUUUGUUUAUGAAUUUAAUAAUGAUUUGUAAAUUACAUCAAUAAAAUAAAACUUUUUUUAAUCGACAGAGCAAUGAUCUUCAGUCUCUAGUUGAGUUAUGUGUUGCUCAACCGAGUCGUUCCCAGGUCACGGGUAUGAAAGAACCCUGGGAACGAGGUUAUUGAUGAGUUCAUGUCUUUUAUAUUAAAACCCUUCUUCGUUUGACUAUUUUCAAUUUUUUUGUCUAACUGCCGCAAACUCAACCUGCCUUUGUUCUCUGGGCUCUUAAGUUGGUCCAAAUUUCUGCCCACUGUGCUAGAUGCAACAUUUGGAUCUGUCUUUUGAUUACAUUUCAGCUUUACAUGACUUCGAAGAACUUUUAGGACCAACAACCCGUUCUUUUAUGUUCUAUUAUCAGAGUAGAAGUACCUUUAUUUACCAUACAUUCAUUUGUACACACAUAACCUAUUACAUUACUACAAGGCAGGAGAUCAAGCAAGCUCUGUAGAGCUUUAAGACGAUCUCCGCUUUAUUCUAAGCAGAUGUAAAGAAUAAAUAUCAUGUUGUGUCAUGUUAGAAAAAACAUGAUGGGGCUAUUCACGCGACGAAGUACAGAACUGGCCGACCAGAUGUGUAAUUUAAACAUGAAACAUAAGUCUUUUCUCGAAAUUUUAUUCUGUAAUCAUAGGACUGAUUAACAAAAUCGCGGGAGUCCGAUUUGUUUAAUCACGGGUAUGAUUAUAGACCGAAUUGGACGACACGAAUCGAAGUUCUGUUACAAUUUUAUCAUAAUCAUUACAAUUUUCGAGAAAACAAAUGCAUUUUGUUUUUGUGAAAGAGCUUUUAGUACUAAUUAUCCAAAAUUAGGGAAAGUAUCACAGAGACAUUGUGUAAUGUUACAAAUUCGUCCAUUUUUGCUUUGGUUAUUGUGAUAAAUUCUGCGAUUAAAGGUGUCGGAUUACAGUCAACUGUCUGAUUACAACCCUACACAAUGGUGAAAAAUAAAGCAGUCAAUGCACCGAUCAAAUUUGAGGAAAUUGUGAUGGUUAUGAUUAAUAGUGGAAUUCUCUUUUUGAUCGGGCUCCUCUAGCCGGCCAAAACUGACAAAUAGUAAGCGCCCCUAGUAGUAUGCUGACGCGACGACACACAUAGAACGGCUGCGUUAAAGGCUAUGAAGUGCCUUGAUCACUAUUAAAUUUUUGUUACUUUCCAGGAGGAAAUUUGGGCUUUGGUUAGACAGUGAUCUUUAUCAUGGUAGAAGCACUGCCUGCGAAACUUAUGACAGCGAGAUGCUUCCCACCACCGAGGAUUUUAUUUGUCUUGGCGUUGAAGUCUGGACUUUUGGCUAG